UUUCUUGCACUUGGAAAAAAAUUGAACAAGCCGGCGGUCGACUUUUUCUUCAGCUCAGCUAGUCCGCGAAUAUUUUUCCAAAUCAUCAAAAAAUUACUCAACUUUUCUCUGUUCCAAGUGAAGUGGAAAAAAAAACAAAAAUAAAUUCAAUCAUAUUUGGAUAUUCAAUAUAAAAAAAGAGCUAGAGCUAACCGGAACGAAACGGAAACGGAACACGUUACGCCGUCCUCUCGUCGUUUGUGUGUGCGUUGUUGCGUUUCAAAUCCUUCCUUCUUUUCGCAUCCGCGCUACGUCUACGUUACGCGUGAUUAUUAUCAAAUCAUCAAUCCAACUGCAAUCAAUCAAUUAAAAUUGCUCCUCCGACCAACCAUAACCUAACUGAGUCUGAUUCAGCAGACGAAGACGAAGAUAAAAAAGACGUUAAAGUAAACGUCGAAAAAAUGCCGGGCGCUGGCACAUUCAAAUUAUUCAUUGGUAAUCUCGACGAGAAGACCCAAGCUGGUGAACUACGUCCGUUGUUCGAGAAAUACGGUACCGUUGUCGAAUGCGAUGUCGUUAAGAAUUAUGGCUUCGUUCAUAUGGAAUCGGAACAACAGGGUCGCGACGCCAUUCAAAAUCUAAACGGUUACGUUUUGCACGACAAUCCGAUUAAAGUGGAGGCGGCGAAGAGUCGUCGUGCCCCCAACACGCCAACAACCAAGAUCUUUGUUGGCAAUUUGACGGACAAGACUCGAGCACCGGAGGUGCGGGAGUUAUUUCAAAAAUAUGGCACAGUUGUCGAGUGUGACAUUGUGAGGAAUUAUGGUUUCGUGCAUUUGGAUAGUGUUGGGGACAUUCAAGAUGUUAUAAAAGAAUUGAAUGGACGUGUUGUUGAUGGGCAGCCGUUGAAGGUGCAAGUGUCGACGAGUCGGGUAAGGCCUAAGCCGGGAAUGGGUGAUCCGGAGCAAUGUUAUCGUUGUGGGAGAUCUGGACAUUGGUCGAAAGAGUGUCCAAGGUUGUUUGGGGGCGGCGGAGGGGGAGGAGGCGGAGGAGAGCGCGGCGGUUAUCGAGAUCGGAUGUACGGUAGGGAUCCAUACCCACCACCGCCACCACCACCGCCAUUUUUACGCGACAGGAUUAUGGAUGGCUUUAGGAGCGCCGAUUCAUUCAAAUCGAAAUUGUUGUUUGAACAGGAUUAUGACUACUAUGAGAGACGUUUCGAUGACAGCCGUGAUCUUUUCGAAAGGCGUUAUCAAAGUUCGCGCAUGCGUGAUUUCCCACCACCACCGCUAUCGCGACGCGAACCAAUGCCAUUGCCGCCAACCCUAAGUGGCAGUUUGAGAGGAAGCAGCAUAUCUCGUGGUUAUGAUUCGAUGUUUAGCCGUAGAUCACCACCACCACCAACCAGAAGCAGCAAUGGAUUGGGUCGUUAUGGAAGCUAUGAAGAUUUUAGUCGAGAUUCAUUUGACGAUCGUAUGUUGUCGCGUGGAAUAAGAGGUCCGUCACCUCCAGGUCGUCGCUAUGCACCGUACUGAGACGAAUUUUAUUCAGAGGUCGACUGUGCAACAAGUGGGGAAUUUCGAAGUAGGCCACUACCGUACAGCACCAUCAAGAAUACCUACUCGCACUCAAAAACUUCGAAAUACCGGACUGGAUAUAUUUAGGGAGACAACAAAUAAAAAAAAAGAUAAGAAGACGCAUCAGAAUUAAUCUUAAAAGAAAAAAAAUAGUUAUAUAAAAAAAUACAUAAAUGCUAUUUUUAUUUAGUGUUAAAAAAAAAACUAGAACUAAAAAAAUAAAUCAAGAAAAAUUACUUUUCCAAAAUGAAACAUAAAAAAAAACAAUACCACUCAUAAAAUAAUGUUCAAGUAUUCAAAAUUUCCUUGAGAAAAAUGUAUUACUUUUUUUUAAGGUCUGUAUAAAUGGUAGUAUCCUGACCCUAAUUAUUAUGUUGUUCUCUGUAGAGAUCCUGCCAUUGAUUUCUUAAGUUAAUUUUUUUUUCUUUAUUUUUUUUUUUUUAUUAAUUAAAUUAAAAUAUUUUAUACAUUUUUUUUUUCAAAGAUUCAAUAAAACAUUGAAUUUAAAAGAAAAAAAAUAAUUGUAAUCGUACUGUGUUUACACAAAACAAAAAAAUAUUGUAUUUAUGCAAAAAUAUAUAGUACACAGAGAAAUAUUAUUAUUGUGUGUGUAUUUUCCAGAUUAUUAUUGUAAAAGAAUCGUAAGAAAACUAAACAAAUUAUUAGUGUAUUAAUAAAGGAGUAAGGUCAUUUAAUGAUUCUCGUUUAA